AUGCAUAGUAUUGCAGUUUCCCGAAGAAAAAUUGAAUGCAGUGGACGAUUUCAAACCGCAGGUCCUAAGAUGAUGAGAAUUUUGACCUCCCCAUCAAUAACAAAUUUAUCAAGCGUAAACAGACAUACUGUAGUAGUUCUUACUUCGAAGGAAAAUAUCAUGCGGACUAGUCGCAUACCACUCAGAAACUCACCUGUAAAUACCACUUCAAUACACGCUGCCACCGAAACCGCUUUGACGACGGCAACAGAAAUAGAUGAACUGCCAUCUAUGAAUCUCGUAAUCAUUUCCGGUAUAAUUGGAGCAGUGGCAGUUAUACUUCUUUUAGCAAUGGUACUAUUUUUGUAUGAGAGAAAACGUCGCGUAGACAAAUGGAGAGCGUUCGACAAUAGGAAAGCGCGCAAAAAGAUGAAGUUUGCUGCAAAGCGAAAACGCAAGAAGAGACCAAGGGUGCGCAAAGGAAUGAAAAGAGGAAGUUCACUAUCGAAAAAAAAGAGUUCUGGGGAAGGAAUUAAGACUUCGAAAUCAAAGGACGAAGGAACGCAAGACGAUGAGUUCUCACUGGAUUCAACGGACAAGGUAUCGUGGAAAACAGAUGAAAUGUCACUAGAGACCUUCAAACGCGAUACGAAGGUUAAGUCAUCAGAAAAAAUAUCUAACUCUGGAGAAAACGUCGCCAAAUCGAAGGAGGGUUUAAAAGAGUCACAAAAGAACGUGAAUGAUAUGAUGCCAAUGAAUGUGGACGAUCUGAUGAAGGCGAUCAAGGAAAAUAAAAUCGCACUGGCGACAUCUGAAGAAGAUGUAAUCCAAAAAACUAAGCGCAAAGGAUAA